GCAUAAAGCCGGCGCAAGAGAAGGAACUCCUAAGCAUCCAGGUGCAAGAAGGGAAUGGAUCGGACGCUCACAGGCGAUAUUUUAUUCCCUUUCCGUUAUUCGGAUUAUCUUUAAAUGCACUGAUUAAAUACUUUUAACUGGUUUAUUUCACAGGACUUUUUUCCCCCUCUCAUAAACAUUGAGUCUUGUCCUUUUGGUCUGUACAGCCUUUUGCAUGCAAUCAUGCUUUUAUUUACACGGGCUGUGCUUUUUGUGAACUUUUUAUUUGUGAUUUGCAAACUUGCGCGCUGCAUGCAGCGUCAGCUGUGUGAACCUGUCAGAUUGGAUAAUCCUGACUAUGUCGAUAGUAACUUCGUUGGCUCUGAAAUGAGCGCAUCGCCGAAGAAAGUCGCUUUCCGAAUAAAAGCGUUUGGGCAGGAGUUUGUGCUCGACUUGCAUACGGAUUCUAGCUUCAUUGCACCCACGUUCUCCACGCUGGGCAUGCCGCUUGGGUCCGAGCGCGCGGACCUUCGAAGCUGUUUCUACGCGGGCACCGUGAAUUCGGAUCCCCUCUCAUACGCGGCUGUCAGUCUGUGCGACGGCCUGCGCGGCGCGUUUGGCUACGACGGCUGGGAGUACUUUGUCAAGCCGGCCAGCGACGACUCUGUAUCUUCCAGCGCGCACCGGAGCGCGGAGAGCGCGCACCAUUUGUGGAGACGCGCCAACUCCGAGCUUGGAGGCAACGGCACCACGCGAUGUGGCGUGGACGGUGGUCUCACACCCGACGUCGAACGCUCCCUGCAGAAGUUUAAACGCUCGGACGAAGCUUUGACCGGCGAUAAAACCACCGCACAAAGGAGUCGGCUCAAGCGGUUCGCCUCGGUCCCUCGAUACGUGGAGACUCUCGUGGUGGCUGACGAGUCGAUGGCCAAUUUCCACGGUGACGAUCUGAGGCAUUACGUGCUUACACUCAUGGCAGUGGCGGCUCGCCUCUACAAACACCCAAGCAUCAUGAACCCUAUUAACAUCGUGGUGGUCAAGUUCCUUGUGAUUACAGACGAAGAUAAAGGACCCAAGGUGACUGGUAACGCAGCCAUGACCCUGCGCAAUUUCUGCACGUGGCAAAAGAAGAUAAACAAGAACAGCGAUAAGCACCCAGAGUAUUGGGACACCGCCAUCCUGUUCACAAGAGAGGAUCUGUGUGGAGCCUCUACGUGUGACACUCUGGGCAUGGCAGACGUUGGGACAAUGUGUGACCCAAAGAGGAGCUGCUCAGUGAUCGAGGACGAUGGCUUGCCAUCUGCAUUCACCACUGCUCAUGAACUUGGCCAUGUAUUCAACAUGCCCCAUGAUAAUGUGAAAGCUUGUGAGGAUGUAUUUGGAAAGCUUCAGGACAAUCACAUGAUGUCACCGACACUGAUCCGGAUAAACCGCACCAGCCCAUGGUCGCCGUGUAGUGCUGCUAUUAUCACAGACUUCCUGGACAGUGGACACGGUGAUUGCUUAUUGGAUCAGCCUGAGAAACCUUUGGCACUAACUGAUGUUCUCCCUGGAGCAUCGUAUGGUCUAGAGAGGCAGUGUGAGCUGUCAUUUGGUGCUGGUUCGAAGCCUUGCCCACUCAUGCAGGCACCCUGUCAGCGUCUGUGGUGCACAGGCAAGACCCGCGGUCAGCCUGUCUGUCAGACACGCCACUUCCCCUGGGCAGAUGGCACAGAAUGUGGAGAGGGCAUGGUGUGCAUGCGCGGGGUCUGCAUAGAGAAGUACGAGGUCACCAGGCCAAAGGUGGAUGGAAAGUGGGGUAAGUGGGGGACGUUUGGGGUUUGCUCCAGGACAUGUGGUGGUGGAGUCCAGCUGGCAAAGAGAGAGUGCAACAAUCCGGUGCCAGACAAUGGGGGCAAAUACUGCCAAGGAGUAAGGGUCAAGUACCGGUCCUGCAAUCUUGCACCAUGCCCAGAUACUGGAAAGAGUUAUAGAGAGGAGCAGUGUGAGGCUUUCAAUGGCUUCAGUCUGAAUACCAACCGUCUCACGGCAUCUGUCGUGUGGGUCCCUAAGUACUCGGGAGUCUCAGCUAAAGACCAGUGUAAGCUCAUAUGCAGGGCUAAUGGAACAGGCUACUUCUAUGUCCUCGCUCCCAAGGUUGUGGAUGGGACGCCAUGUUCUCCUGACUCUUCGGGAGUCUGUGUUCAGGGCAAAUGUAGCAAGGCAGGCUGUGACAGUAAACUCGGCUCCAGCAAGAAGUUUGACAAGUGUGGUGUCUGUGGAGGAGAUAAUAAGUCCUGCAAGAAGAUUUCUGGCCUCUUCACAAAACCCAUUCAUGGCUACAACUUUGUUGUCAUACUUCCAGUGGGUGCAUCCAACAUCGACGUCCGCCAGCGUGGCUAUAAAGGAAUGGUAAAUGACGAUAACUACCUGGCUGUCAAAAACAGCCGAGGGGAAUACCUUCUUAAUGGCAACUAUAUAGUGUCAGCAGUGGAGCGGGACAUCUUAGUGCGUGGCAGCCUCUUGCGCUACAGUGGCACCAGCGGGCAAUCAGAGACACUGCAGGCUGUAAGGCCACUGGGGGAAGCUCUGACAGUGGAGGUGCUGUCUGUAGGCCACUUGACACCUCCACGCAUUCGUUAUUCCUUUUAUAUCAAACGGGAAGCCAAGGAAGACAAGGUGUCAAAGAAAGAAGGCAAGACUUUGGCUGAAAACAGCGUUCUCGUUGAGGAGGGAGGGCUUGGAAAAGAAUCUGAUCCACUGAAUAAAAAGAUUGCAACUUCAUACAUCAAAGAGGCUCCACCUCCUGGCAAGUGGGUAACCACUAGCUGGGAGGAAUGCUCAGUGACCUGUGGAAACGGUCUUCAGAGGAGAUUGGUACAGUGCGUAGGAGCAGACGGCACUCCUGGGACAGACUGUGAUCCAGCUAAAAGGCCAAGUGCAUUGCGAGCUUGUGGUGACCCAUGCCCAGAAUGGCAUAUAGGUGAAUGGUCGUCAUGUUCCAAGACCUGUGGCAAAGGCUUCAAACGGCGUCAACUCCGCUGUCAAACCGGGACGGGUAUGAUGCUACCCAGGGAACACUGUGCAAGCAUGAAGAAGCCACAGGAGCUUGACUUUUGUUCAUUAAAACCAUGCUAGUGACUCCUUUUCCCACAGUACUUUACAUUCCUUGUUAAUGUCUUUCAUGGACUUUCAUGGACCUGUUAAAUGCUAUACUAAAACGAAGAACAGUUAAAAGUUAAACGAUCCGGAACUUUAUUUGUUCUGGUGCAUUUUUAUUUUUGUUUGUUUGUUCAUUUGUUUUUUGUUUGUUUUGUUUUGCCUGCAAAUGGGAAGUUAUAUGAAGAAGAAGUAGUAGUAGAAGAAGAAAAAGAAGAGGGAAAAGGUCAUAAAACAGAGAAAAGCAAUGCCUUGUAAAGCAAUAUUGUCAUGUAGGCUAACUUAAAUGCUGAUCAUCUUUUAGGCUAAAAGGGAAAAACUCAACAGAGUUAAAAAAAAAAAAAAAAGUAGCACAGAAUUUGCCCUUGUACUGCAUAUCCUCCUUAAACCCAUUUUGUGUUUAUGCCUCCCAAGGGACUGGGGUCAAGUUUUAUAUAGAUAUAAUAUGGUUUAAUGCCUUAAUCAUUUACCAUAAUUAUUUGAAAACAUGAAUUAAUCCUUAAUCUUGUUUACUUGAAUAUUCCUGGCAUAAUUAGCAUUGAGCAUACCAGAGUGUUGGAGCAGCAGGGAUUUCUUGAUUUGCUCCAAGACCUCAUUUUGUAGGAGAAAAGUUCUGUCAAUGUGUGGUUAUUUCUUGGUGACUAGAACUUUCAUAGCUUUUAAAACAAAAUACAGAAUGACCACAUAUGCAGUACCAAAUAUCACACAGGCAUAUGAGUAAAAGAAUUUCAACUGAGUCAAUCAUGUUUUAUUAGCAUAUAAUUUUUUUUCCAUAAACCUCAACAGUAGGACAAUCUAAAGUUCAUGUAAGGCAAGUUAACCCCUAAAAUUCAUCCCCUGUUCAUUCUGCCAACUGUGCCCUCAAGACAGGUUCUUUAUCUCAAUUAGUCAACCAACAUCUCCUUUGUUCUUUACUUUUAACCUCUCUUUCUAGUGAGACAGAAGUACAGCUGCUAUAGUCAAGCCCUGUCUGGUACAGUAACUAAGUUAUUAUUUUUAUUAUUAUUAUAGCAAUGUGUUUUGAUGGCUUAUGCCACAAGGCACGGUUUUGUUCCAGAUGCCAACCUGGCAAACUGUCUUUUGUACACAGUGUAAAUUCAUGUAAUGCAUAACACAAUAAAAAGACACAUGUGAGGUUCUUUGGAGUGGCCAUAUCGUCCAUCUAAAAGAUAGUUCCUAUAUGACUUGGAAUGUUUUAUCCAUUUUAUUUUCUUUUGCACUUAAUACAGCAAAAGAGAUCAAUGUCCUGCAUGGGCUGCCUUGUAUACCAUGUAUACAUUACUCUAGCUGUGCACAAAUAAAACCUGUAAAUACCUUUCUAUUUUAUGUAUUUUUUUUUACGCUGGCAUUUUGAAUUGUCAUGACUUCGAGGUAUUUAUUCCAAAUAAAACACAUACUAACGAGACGCUUUAUCAA